CUUGUGACGCCCAAUUUGGGAUGCCCACCUCGGGGUGCCCGUCUUGUGACGCCCACCUUGUGACGCCCAAUUUGGGGUGCCCACCUUGUGAUGCCCACCUCGGGGUGCCCACCUCGGGGUGCCCACCUUGUGAUGCCCACCUCGUGAUGCCUACCUCCCCCCCGGUGCUCCCUGCAGGGCUGCAGUACAACCUGGUGCGCGUCCCCAUGGCCAGCUGUGAUUUCUCCCUGCACGCCUACACCUACGACGACGUCCCCGACGACUUCGAGCUGCGCCACUUCGCUCUGCGGGACGAGGACACGAAACUGAAGAUCCCCCUCCUGCACCGCGCCGCCGCCGUAGCCAAGCACCCGCUGUCCAUCUAUGGCAGCCCAUGGACGGCCCCGGUGUGGAUGAAGACCAGCGGGUCGUUUGUGGGGAAGGGGACGUUGAAGGGGCAGGCGGGGGGCAAAUACCACCGUGCCUGGGCCAAAUAUUUCAUCAGGUUCCUGGAUGAAUACGCCAAGCACAACGUCACCUUCUGGGCGCUGACGGCAGAGAAUGAACCCACGGCUGGGUUGAUUAAUAAUUACCCCUUCCAGUGCCUGGGUUUCACAGCUGAGCAGCAGAGGGAUUUUAUCGCCCGCGACCUCGGCCCGGCGUUGGCCAACAGCUCCCAUCACGACGUGCAGCUCAUCAUCCUGGAUGACAACCGGCUCCACCUCCCGCACUGGGCCAAAGUGGUGAGGGGUGGGUGGGCUGCUGGGGUCUCUG